AUGUCUUUCUUCAAGAAGCUCACAAAAGAGUUCGAGGAGCUCAAGACUUCCUUCUCGGACGACAAGCCUGCCGAGAAGAAGGACGAUCACUCUCAGCAACAGCAACAGAGUCAAGAGCAGACUGAUAAGGUUGCUGACUCGUGCUUCUUCUUACUAGGCACCCGCAGCUACGGUGAUCACCCGCAGCAGCAGCAGUACGGUGCUCCUCCUCCUCCCUCCAACUACCCUUACCCCCCGCAGGCACAGCCUCAACCCGGCCCGAACCAAGGUUACGGCGGCCAGCCCAAUUACGGCCAGUCUCCCCCUCCGGUUGCCCAGUCUGCGCCCCCGAUGGCCGCUCCUUCCGUUUCCCAGGGCUGGCUCUGCCAGUGGGAUACCAACUACCAGAGAUGGUUCUACGUUGACCAGAGCAGUGGUCGCUCCCAGUGGGAGCACCCUUCCCCUCCUAGCGGUCCCGUGGGAACCCCCAGCUACGGCGCCCCUCCCGUUCCUCCUACCGAUACCAGAUCUUUCGGAGGUGACCAGGGCCACGGCGGCUACGGCUCCCCCGCCCCCUACGGUGGCGGUGCUCCCGGCUACGGCGCCGCUCCCAGCUAUGGUGGCUCUCCUGCCCCCUAUGGCGGUGCUCCCUACGGUGGUGCCCCGGCUCCCUACGGCGGCGGUGAUCCCUACGCCCAGCAGCACGGCCAGAACCCCUACGGGGCUGACAAGGAGAAGAAGAGCGGCAGCAGUGGCAUGCUCCUUGGAGCUGCCGGUGGUCUUGCGGUCGGUGCCAUUGGUGGCGCCCUGAUUGCCGAUGCCCUCAACGACUCGGAUGAUGAGGCCAAGGCCGCUGCCGCUGCCACACCCGCCGCUCAGCCUGCGUACGGUGGCUACCAGGACCCCUACCAGGACCCCAGCGCUCCUCCUGCUGUUCUUCCUCCCACUGACAACGAUGGUGACUCCAUCUCCUCCAGCGACCGUGAGGACGUCCAGGAGGCUAGAGCGGAAUACGAGGAGGCUCUCGCAGCUGCUAACGACUCGGACGCCAGCAGUAGUGACCACGAGCGUCUCGAGGAGGCUAGGGAGGAGUACGAGGAGACUUACGAGGAGGUUUACGAUGAUUAA